GCGCAGCAAUUGCAGCGAGCUGAAACAUAUAACAACAUUCCUUCUCAAGAUUUAUUCACAAGAUUCGUCUGAUUGUUUGAAUUGACCCUCAGAGCUGGCUUUUUUUGCGACAUGUCUUCGUCCGAUGAGGAAGACGUGGUUCGGCGCCCUGCUCGGAGCGGCGCCGGUCAAGCCUUGGGCAGCACUGAAAGCGCACCUGGGAGCCCCGUGCCUGCUAUCGAUGCCGGGAAUAUGAGUGGCGCUGAAGAUGACGACGCAGACCUAUUCGGUUCAGAUGGUUCCGAAGGAGGAUUUGACCAAGAUACUGACCAACCUAAACGAACACUGGACGAUCGCGAGCUUGACUCGGCUGACGAUGAGGAUCGCUAUGACCGGGUCGGUGAUCGCAUGGACUAUGAGGAUGGGGUAGAAGGAGACUUUCAGGAAACAGUGAAUAUCAUGGACUUGAGCUUGGCCCGGGCUCCAGAGCCCAAAUCCUCCAACGGUGAGGUGUACACGAUGCCGGUUCCGAACUUUCUUUCAUUAGAAACAGAGGAGUUCAACCCAGAGACAUACGUUGCGCCGCCAUACUCUACUGCAGCGACAUCUCUCUGCUGGCGCUAUGACCCGAAUGAUGAGAAUGUUGUCCAAUCCAACGCACGUAUAAUACGCUGGGAGGAUGGAUCUUUAACGCUUCAACUUGCAUCGGCUCCCAAAGAACAAUAUAAAAUAGCCACGAAACCUCUUGUUCCUCUUGACAAGUCGGGAGACUACGACACGAAGUUGGAUUCUCAUGUAUAUUUGGGAGCAGCGUCCGAGACAUCAGGAGUGUUCAGACUGACUUCUCACCUAACUCAUGGACUCACUGUAUAUCCCACGACUAUGGAAACAGAUGACGCGGUUCAGCGACUGCAGGAGUCCCUAGCUGCAGCUGCCCGCGGCGGCAAGAAGACGGCGGAUGGAUCAGCACCCGUCAUAGAAGUGAAGGAAGACCCGGAGCUUGCCAAGCGGCAGGCAGAGCUCGCGGAACGCGAGAAGUUAAAAGCGGCACGUCGCCGUGAGCAGCUUGCAGAUAGGGAGUUGGACCGUGGCCGCAGAUACGGCAUGUCUCACCGCACCGGGGGUGCCGGACUUACAGUGGGGGGGCUGGAAGAUGAUGACGGCCUCCUCGCGACAAGGCCUCGUGCAAAGAAGUCACGCCGCCCUAACCGUAGAGGCGAGAUUUUCACUGAUGAUGAGGAAGACUAUGACCGCCGUGGCCGGACACGGGAAGAUGAAUAUGAUGAAGACGACGGCUUCCUCGUCGGCAGCGACGAAGAGCCUGAGAUCGUGGAUGAUGACGGUGAAGAAGACGUUUUGGAAGAUGAUGACCUGGACGCAGAAGGAGAAGAUGAUCUUCCCCCUCCAAGGCCCAGGGAAAAGCGAGCUUCCCCUGACGCAAGACCUGCGGUAGGGUCUCCCCCGGCUAGGAAAAAGAACCGCUAUGUUGUGGAUGAUGAUGACGAGGAGUAAUCAACAGCUCGCUCGCCUCCUACG